CCAUCGGUAGAAUGCAUGAGUGCUAGACCACCGUCACCGCGUUCGCUCAGGGCCCGAGGACGGGCCACUACGGCGUCACGGGGCAACUCUGGCACGGGAAGAACGACAACGACGGCAACGACAAACACGGGUGUGGUGGGGCCAGCGUUGGGUGCGGCUGUGGCGGUGACGGCUGGGACGAACGACGACGAGGACGAGCUGAUGACGAUCAACGAGAACCGGAACGUCGGUAGUGGCCUUGGGCCAUCCGAUACCAUCCACGAGCCGAACGCAAACUCUUCCCACUCUUCGUCUUCCUCCGAGGCGGGCUCUGUACAUUCGGACGGCGAGCAACAUUCGGUGCUACUGCUAGACGACGGUUCCGGCACAUCCGGACGUCAUCCGAUGGAUGCCAGUGCCUGCAAUGCCUGUUCGCUCGCGCUGGAAAACAACAACGGCUUCCAGGUGGUGGAACACGAACGCCCGCUUGUGAACGGGUGCGAGGAUAUGUGGAGCUGGAACAAGCGCGACCGUUCGAAGGAGGUGUGGCUGAGCAGGUCCGACAAUCGGCGGGUGUACUUCCAUCCUAACUGGAGCAAAGGUACGGCCGGGAUACGGGGUACGCGCGUACUAAACAACGGACGCUAUUACUGGGAAAUCAGCCUAUCGCAGCGUGUCUUCGGUACGAGCAUGAUGUUUGGGAUCGGUACAAAGAAAGCUCGGCUGCACGUAAACAUGUUCACCAACCUACUUGGAGAGGAUCGCAACGGUUGGGGUCUCUCGCAUAAGGGACUUCUGUGGCAUGGAGGGGUCGCCCGGAACUACACCAAACGCUUCAAGGAAAAUCAACCAACGAAAAUCGGACUGCUGUUUGAUGGAAUUGCGGGUACGCUAACAUACUACAAGGAUGAUGUAUGCUUGGGUAUUGCCUUCCGUGGUUUGAAUGAGGUUCGAGAACCCCUAUAUCCGAUUGUGUGUUCGACGGCAGCUAAAACGGAAAUGCUACUAUCGGAAACGCGCCGUGACUUUGUUAACCUUCAGGAUCGCUGCCGAGCGAUCAUUAUAAAGCACAUUAACACGCGGGAAAAGCUAGACCGAUUGGCGUUGCCGUACUUUAUCAAAAACUAUCUAGCGGAGGCUGUUACGGAGAGUAAUGCGGCGGUAACGCCACUCGAGCUGCAUCUGAUUGAUCAGUAUCUUUACUGAGUCUUCGAAGAAUGUUAGCAGCAU